AUGCCUGGCCCAAAUCAAAGACUGCCUAGGCCCCGUGCAUACUGCAACUUCCACCAAAACAGAAGUUCAGAAUGUACCAAAAUACCUGAUGUUGCCAGCAGAAGGGAGUUUCGUGGAUGUGGAAGUUGUAAUGGCAGACACCAUACGUCUAUUUGCGACAGAACCUUUACAACACUUCCACCCAAGGCUAAUGCUGAUAGUAAGCCUCCCUCAAACCGGUUCUAUGGAGCAAAUGAUUUACAAACGACCCUGCACUCUUCAGUGCUGGCUAAAGUAAAUGAUGUGCAGACACGGAUCAUGCUUUAUAGCGGAACAGGUAGCUAAAACAUCAGUGCAAACCUGUUAAACAAACUGAACAUUAAGCCGUGCCGAACUGAAGGCAAAGUGAUUGAGCAAAUGUAUGGGACAGUGGACAAACGUGUUGAGGUAUACAACGUCCACGUUGAAUCAAAUGUCAUUGAUAGUUUUGGAAUAGAGUUGCAAUGUGUCAAUGCUGAGAAGCCUGUUUUAACGUACCUGCCUAACGCGGAUUUGUUCUCAGGAGGUGCUUGGCCUGAAAGAUUUGGAGAAUGUACACGAUUCAUUCCAUGA